AUGAAUCAGGAAAAUGCGAGGAGAGUUGAGAGGCGGAUGGACGGGAGUGCGACAGGGACUGUAGCGACUACUUCCUUGGUGCAGAGCAGUGAUAAACCGAGCGCCAAUAUACAGAGCGCUCCGUACUUCAUCGUCGAGAUGCAUCGACCUCUUUACCCAAAUCUCUACGGUCGACCAGUGAGCCGCGCGAGGCGCGCCAAGUUGAGUUCCGACUGGAUACAUCACCAAUACACGGACAACUCGCCCUGCCAAUGUAACUCAGAAGCGCCGCCACGAGAAUGA